CGCAGCCGGUGAGGCGGCGGCAGCCCCCGUCGGUGUCAUUCAAUGCGACCGUCCGUGCCACGAUGGGGAGCGCAGUGUACGUCACCAACAGGACGGCGGCCGUCCACCUGCUGUGCCAGCUGGCCCGCCCCGGCGAGGUCGCCUACGCGUGGACCAAGGACGGGGUGCCGCUGCAGCCGUCGGAAAAGAUCGUUCUGUCCGGAGCCGGGGUGCUGCAGAUACGGAACCCCACAAGGAGCGAGCAGGGGCUGUACGGGUGCUCUGUGGCCAACCGGCUCGGCUCCGACGUGGCGAGCUCGCCCGUGGUGUUUGCAGAGGCGCCCGUCAUCUUGGUCCGGGGAAGGAACGUCACAGGACGGGGGCCCGGCCCACUGUCCGUCGUGGUCGGAGGCACCGUGAGGGCGGCCCUGGGGGCAAACGUGACCAUCCAGUGUCCCGUACGAGGCGUCCCCCGGCCCACGGUGAGCUGGGUGAAGAGAGGCGGGCCGCUGGGGGACAACAUCUCCGUGCUCCCCAAUGGGUCCCUGCUGCUACAGAACGUCUCCCGGCAAAACAAAGGCACCUACGUCUGCAGGGCCUCCAGCGCGCUGGGGAAGGCGGCGGCCACGUCCGUGCUGCACCUGCUGGAUUGA